GAGAAGUUAGAGUCCACACUGGCCAAUCAGAAUGCAGAUAAGGAAACCAUGAAAUCCUUGAUAGAGGAGAAUGUCCGACUAAAAGGAGACAUGGAAAAAAUGAAAGAAGAUUAUGAGAAAAUCAAGGAUAAAGAAGCCAAAAUUUCUGAAGUGGAGAAAGAAAACCAGGAGAAAUCAGACAAAAUCAAGAAACUUGAGGGAGACUUGGAGAAACUGAAAGCUCAGGCAUCCAACGGAACGGGAGGAGAAGCCUCUGCUCAGAAGAUAUCAGACUUGGAGAAGAAGCUUAUCCGCCUGGCAAAAGAGGACGAGGAUAAAGAUAAACAGAUCACAUCCCUCAACAAAGAGCUACAGCAAACCAGGGCAGAGCUACAGAAAAGAGAGGCACGGGCACCAGGUGAAGGAGGGAACCAGCCAUCUAAGUCAUGCGUCAUUCUGUAGACUGUAACAUUAAUUUAUUAUGCAUCAGAGGUGCUCAGGAGUAAACUCUAUUCCUUUUUCUCCUUAGUUUCAAGAUGGUUUUCAAGAUCUGAUUUUUUUUAUCAGUAAGAGUCUUAAUUAAUGAAGACUUAAAAUAUAGUGAUCUUGAUAGAGAAAUUAUAGUUUUUCUUUUUACACAACAAAUCAUAUCAAAUGAAUAUUAAUUUAUAAUAUGUUUAAUGUUUGAAAAGUCCCGUCCAUUUAUUUUGUGCAUAAAGAUUUUGAGCUCAUCAAAGCGAGUGUGAUUUUUGUAAGCUAGUCAUUGUUACCUGUUUCUGUUAGUACAUAUGCACCAAAUGUGAUUUUUUUCCCCCAGUGCAAUGGGUUAAAUUCUCAAGACAUUAAGAAUCUGAUUUUUUUUC